GAAACAGCUUGGCAGCGUCAACGUCGAGCGGCGGACCCUGAACUUCGUCAGCGCGAAGCAGCUUGGCAGCGUCAACGUCGAGCAGCGGAUCCUGAGCUUCGAGCACGUAGGGCAGCGUUGGAAGCAACAGUCCCGUCAGUGAGUGGGCUGACGCAAGCACGCGUCAGCAUGAGCCCAAUUACGUCCACUCAAGACAAAGCUGCGAAGCGAAGGGCACGCGACGCUGAACGCAAACGCUUGAAGCGAGCGGCGAACCCUGAAAUUCGUCUGCGCGAAGCAGCUCGGCAGCGUCAACGUCGAGAAGCGGAUCCUGAGCAUCGAGCACGUGCAGCAGCGUUGGAACGGGAACGUCGAGCAGCGCGUAAACGUCAACAACGAGAGGCUGCUCCCGAUGCUGCACGCGAGCGCGCCGCGAAAGCGGCGGCGCGAGCCAAGCAGCACGCGCAGCGCGACGCUCGCUUCAAACGUGACUUCCUGGAACGGAGCUUCGGACACAGUUGCAAGGAUGAAAACAAGGGACUUGCUUGUUGCUGCACACAUGUCACAUCGACCAAAGCCUUACAGACCAAGGCUUCGUGGAGGGUCAAUGCUACUGCAGACGCUGCAGUCGAGACAUUGAGGAGCGUGGAUUUCUGUUCCCAGACGAUGCCUGUCAUCAAAGUGAACAGAUGGACAGAAGCCAACGGUGUUGAGGAUUCUGAGGAGCAGGAGAGUUGCGGUGCAGUUUGCAUGGAUGGAAGCGACGGACUUUCCUGUUGCUUCGCACCCGUCACAUCUACAAGAGCGUCACAGACAAAGGCUUCGUGGCUGUUCAAGUCUACGGCAGACGCUGCAGUCGAGACAUCGAGGGGCACGGAUGCCUGUUCGCAAGCGGUGGCUGUCGUCGUCAGGGUGCACAGAUGGACGGAAGCUAAUGAUGGCGAGGAUUCUGAGGACCGGGACAGUCACACGUAGCAAUCCCCGACUGAAGCCUCACUCCAACCGUAGCAGGAGGAACUGGGUCUGAGACCCGUCUUUCUGUGCGUCUCCAUACGACCCGAUGGCGUGACGAGUGCCACAACUCCCCAACAUGGAGGAAGACCCCGGAGUCGCCUCACUGUACAUCAAUUGAGCAGGUGAGGGCCAUGGAAGAGGAGUCUGUACCUAGCAGCGGGCACGAGUCGGCGGCCUCCACACUUUGUACUGUCACCGCACAAGUGGAGACUACCAUUCAAUGUGACUGAGGUGCCAACACUGCCGUCCAGUACACUUGGUGCUUCAGCAAAGCUGCUUCCUAGUCAAUGCAAGCCGAAUGCCCCCAACAAUGGAUCUCCAGGAGGAUGCGCAGUCCGAGCAUACCACGUCACUACAACGCCUCUGCAGUUGGUGAACUGCUAAGACCAAAGAAUUUAGGUGCAGUGUGUGUUUGCUUCGAGAAUCAUUGCUCUGUUUUUUGCGCCAUGCUUUCGUAAAACACAAGUGACAACAUAAAUGAAGCAAUACAAACAUACGUGCAGACUUCCAACUGUUGACUCUUGUAUCCCACUGCAGAUAACGUUUCAAACGCAUCUCAAAUGUAGCAGUUUGCCUGCUUUGUGUCGAACUUAAUCCUAGCUGACGUUGACGUACCAUUGUGUACCUUUUUUGUACAGCCCAUUAAUUUUUGUAGGUGCUGAGAAUAAAAAACACUUGCACCAUGCUUCUUGCCAAUUUAUUUGAGGCAAUGCGAUAAAUAUGCAUAUAUACUGUAUAAGAAAUCAUAGUUGCCUUCAUUUUGUGCUCAGCACAUUCCGUUUUCAUUGCUGCCCUCUUUUUGUUCAUCAUGCCUCUCAAAACUCUUUCGACAAUGCAUGUUAGUAA